AUGGUGAAAUAUCUUGUUGAGAAGAACGCCGAUGUAAAUGCCGAGAGUUUUUGCCGGAGGACAGUGUUGCACAUUGCUUUUAGAAAAGGUUCGCUAGAAAUGGUGAAAUAUCUUGUGGGAAAUGGCGCUGAUGUAAAUGCCAAGAAUAAUCGCGGGGAGACAGUGCUAUAUUAUGCUGUUUCUGAAGGUACGCUAGAAAUGGGCGCUGAUGUAAAUGGAAAAACGAAAAGCGGAAUGACAGUGUUGCACGUUGCCGUUGUAAAAGGUUCGUUAGAAAUGGUAGAAUAUCUUGUCGAGAACGGUGCUGAUGUAAAUGCCAAGAAUACUCACGGGGAGACAGCGCUGAACUCUGCUGUUUCUGAAGGUACGCUAGAAAUGGUGAAAUAUCUUGUUGAGAAUGGCGCUGCUGUAAAUGCCAAGAAUACUCGAGCUCACGGGAAGACGGUGCUGCACUCUGCUGUUUCGGAGGGUACACUAGAAAUGGUGAAGUAUCUUGUGGAAAAUGGCGCUGAUGUAUACGCAAAAGAGAAUAGCGAACGGACAAUGUUGAAAAGAGCUAUUUCAAAAGGUUCGCUAGAAAUGGACUGGCUACACAUGGUAAAAUACCUUGUUGAAAAUGGUGCUGAUGUAAAUUGCAAGGAUACUAACGGAGGGACAGUCUUGCACCAUGCUGUUCGUGUUGGUAAUAUAGUAACUGUGAAGUAUUUAGUUGAACAGGGUGCUGAUGUUGGCAUUGGCAUCCUCCAAAUGGCUGUUAGAAACAACUUCGUCGCCUUUGUCAAUCUUCUUUAUGAGAAGGACAUCGCGAUGUUGAGAGAGCAAACGAUAAUUGCUGAAGGGCGAAGAAUGAAUCUUCUUGAAUGGAGCAUCCACCUUGGUCAUGAUGAAAUUGCAACUAUCUUUAAAAGGUCGGUAAAACAUCGUGAGAAAAUUCAGAAGUUGAAAACAACGAGCUGUAACGAGUUAAAAGAG